AUGGAGUCUCACGGCAGAGACGAGCCGAAGGGACCGGUGCUGCACAUCGUGGUGGUUGGAUUUCACCACAAAAAAGGCUGUCAGGUUGAGUUCUCGUACCCGCCGCUGAUGCCCGACGAGGGUCACGACAGCAACCUGCUGCCGGAGGAGUGGAGGUACCUCCCAUUCCUGUCGCUUCCUGACGGAGCGCACAACUACCAGGAAGACACUGUGUACUUUCACCUUCCGCCUCGUAAUGAAGACAUGAAGUGUGUCUACGGAGUUUCCUGUUAUCGCCAAAUAGAAGCAAAGGCCCUGAAGGUGCGACAGGCCGACGUCACGAGGGAGACGGUUCAGAAGAGCGUGUGCGUCCUCAGCAGAGUGCCUCUCUUCGGCCUGCUUCAAGCUAAACUACAGCUCAUCACACACGCCUACUUCGAGGAGAAAGACUUCUCACAGAUCUCGAUUUUAAAGGAGCUGUACGACCACAUGAACGGCUCUCUGAGGGGCUCGUCUCUGGAGGGAUCACAGGUGUAUCUAGGGUUAUCACCAAGAGAUUUAAUUCUGCACUUUCGACACAAGGUCCUCAUCCUCUUCAAGCUUAUUCUGCUAGAGAAGAAGGUCCUCUUCUUUGUGUCUCCUGUCAACAGACUAGUGGGAGCUCUGAUGACGGUUCUAUCACUGUUUCCAGGUAUGAUCGAGCACGGCCUGGUGGACUCGUCCCACUACCGGCCUAAGAGCAGCUUGACGGAGGACCUGACUCUGGUGGAGAGCGUCUCCGGAACCGAGGAGUUCGUCUCCGUGUCCGUCACCGACAUCGCCAACACCGAGCUGGAGCUGGAGGGGACCGGACCCGCCGUGGAGUCUCUGUCCUCCGGGAACAGCACAGAGGGGGACAACCACCUCCUCAAGCCGCCGUCACGCAGCUCUCCGGAGUCCUCGGAGAGCGACUGGGAGACUCUGGACCCCAGCGUGUUGGAGGAGAGUCCCAAAGAGGCCGCCGAGGGGAAAGAGUUGGAUUUGCUGCUGCCGGACGUCUUCGACUCCGAGCUGGGGACGCCCAUCACGGUGCAGCCGCAGCCCGCCGGCGGCCAGGGAGGGGUGGUCCAGGGUCUGGUGUCCGGUCUGGAGGAGGACCAGUACGGCCUGCCGCUCCCCAUCUUCACUAAGGGCUACCUGUGUCUGCCCUACAUGGCUCUGCAGCAGCAUCACCUCCUGUCGGAUGUGACGGUGCGCGGCUUUGUCGCCGGUGCGACCAACGUCCUGUUCCGCCAGCAGAGGCACCUCAGCGAUGCCAUCGUCGAGGUGGAGGAAGGUGGAGUCCACAUCCAGGACCCGGAGCUCCGGAAGAUCCUGAGCCUGACGACGGCCGACCUGCGCUUCGCCGACUACCUGUUGAAACACGUGACGGAGAACCGAGACGACGUGUUCCUGGACGGGACGGGCUGGGAGGGAGGAGACGAGUGGAUCAGAGCGCAGUUCACCCUUUACCUCCACUCAUUACUGUCCUCUGCGCUACAGCAAGACAACGAGAGGCUGCUGGCCGAUUACGGCGUUCCGUUCGUGACGGCCUGGAAGAUCUCCCACAACUACCGGGUUUGGUUCAGCAACAAGCACCCCGCCAUGGCCGCCAUCACGCCGGGACACCCGUUCCAGGGCCAGUACAGUGUUGCUGACGUGAAACUACGACUCUCGCACUCGAUGCAGAACAGCGAGAGAGGGAAGAAGAUCGGGAACGCCAUGAUGACCACCAGUCGCAGUGUGGUGCAGACGGGGAAGGCAGUGGGUCAGUCCGUGGGCGGAGCGUUGACCAGCGCUAAGUCGGCCAUGUCCUCCUGGUUCUCCACACUGGCCCAGCCUGCGGCGGUGACCACCGAUGAGCUUCCGGAGCCCGCCGAAGAGGUCCUACCCUGAAACCAAACCCACCACCAGUCCCACCAGACUCUGUCCUCGUCCUCUGACCCUUCUUGCUACCAUGACGCCUGAGGGCUCAGUGGACUUGAGAGAUGCUUUUAUGAAGGAGGAAACAAAUUUGGUGACUCCCGGUGCGACACUGGACAGGAAGGCAGCGCUGCCGUUAUAAUACCCGUACAGUCCAUAUCCACUGUGAGGCAGAGACUGCCCGGCGCUUUUGAUCAAAAACCCAGAAAUCUUUCAGCAGGCUGCAAAAUGUCUGACCGCCUGUUUUGCAUUUGCUGGAUGCUUCUUUCCUGUGAGACACUAAGGACGCCGUCGUUCGGGUUUUGCGGUGUUCUACUCUUUUGCUGCAUAUUUCUAGAGUUUGUCUAUAUAGCCGACUAUUUUGCUGACGGAUAAAUCACAGACAAAAAAAUAUUUGACAGAAAAAGCAUGAGCUGUGGUACCUUGAAGAUAUUUCGGUUUAGAUUUUAAAUUCAGUUCAUGUUCAGUGACGUAAUCACACUGUGGUUGAUGUGGUAACUGCAUGAAUUCUCACGUAGAAAAAAAAGUUAGAUUGACUCACGAAAUGUUGAAACUAACAAUUAUUUUCAUUUAUUUUAACGAUUAUUAGUUUGUAAAUGUCAGAAAAUAGUAAAAAAAAAAAAUGUCCAGUGCUAUUUCCGAUUUGACAGCUAUGGAGCAAAAUAAAUGGUCAAAAAUAUAUCGGUAAAAAAUAUUGUUAGCUAAAUAAUUUAAAUUCAGUGUAAACAAAGAUCCUCAGUAAGUUAUCAUCAGUGGGUUAAAAAUAAAUUAGCCGAAGCAUUUUAGCCGGUAAGAAAACGCUAACAAACUUAGCUAGCUAAUUCUACUUAAAUUCUUUAAAAUUUAACAGCUUGUUUGACAUAAAGAGACAUUAAAUCAUACACAUUUACAGAAUGCCCAUAUUUCCAACAUGUUUUUUAAUACAUAAAGAUAUAAGCACGGUGUCUUUAAACUACUAGCUAGCUAAUUUCGUUUGUGUUAGCUUGCUGGCUAAAAAUACUCUCUGUCUUAUGCUGUGUUCACACUACGACGAUUUAAUUGUAAUAGAGCUUCUUU